AUUCCGUGCCUAGUUUAACCUAUGAUUUAGUACACAGUGUUUUUGAAUUUCAAUUUAACUUAUAUUUUUUUGGUUAUUUGUUUAUAUGUUAAUACUUAUUUUUAACUAAUUAUUAGUAAUAUCAAAAUUUAGUGGCGAUGAAAAAAAUCUAAUUGCAGACUUGAAAUCAGCGCGAAAAACUACUCAAGAAAAGAAUAUUUUAGCUUCGAUGCGAUAUUUAACAUUUACACUUACUAUUUAUAGCUAAAAUCUAUACGUGUGUGCAAAUUGAUAUGGGAAAUAUUACACUUGAUGUCGCAAAAGAACAUAUACAUAACCACGAGACAUUGUUACCUUUGAGAAUACAAGAUGGUAAUGUGUAUACUAAUGCUGAUAUGUCAGUCGAAAACUUUGAAGAAUACUACCUAAAUGACGAUAUUGAUAAUCUUGUACCUUUGGAUGAACCAUAUAAAGGUACAAUGCCUCGCUUAUCAUACCAUACACCUGUUGUCGGAAGAAACUUACGAGAAAUUACAGAAUAUGCUAUAACAGAAUAUAACGAUCCAUACGAAGCCAUAAUUUGGCUGAAAAAUGUUAUUGAAAGCAUUGGAAUUACAAUAUUAGUGCAAUAUAGUAUAAUCACAACAAUCAUGAUAACAAAUGUAUUAAAACAACACGACAAAUUUAGUGUUCAUUUUAAAAAGGCCAAAACUUUUUUCAAUUUUCUAUUAGAAAAAUUUAGAGAUUAUCGUUUGCGUAGAGAACCGAUUGAUCAGAUAAUUUUAAUUUUUAAUGAAUAUAACCAAUCUCCAAAACUGGAAGAAAACAAACAAAAAUUCAUUAAACUUAGCAAGAGUUUUGCCGAGCGUUUUACUUACUGUACAUAUUUGGUAAAGAUGCCAGUAAUUACAAUUAUAGAUAAAAAAUUAUUUUGUAGAAGCACUAAUAUAACUACAUUAAAAGAUUUUAAUACAGCUAUAACAUAUUGUAAUAACAAACAGCUAGAUAAAUUCUAUUCUUACGUAGAAUUUACUGUAAAAAUUUUAAAAGGUAAACAUUAAAAUACUUUAUAGUAUUUUAAUGUUAUAUAGUGUCUUAAAAUAAAACUCUAUAUAGAGUGUCCAGUAGUAAGGAAACGGGUUUUUAUUGUUUCAUUGCUUGUAACAAUUGAUCUAUUUCCUUACUUACUUAUACCCUAUAAAGUGUGUUAUUGUUCAUAAGGAAAUACUUACCAGUAUGUUUGAAAUUAAUUUUUUUUUCAUAAAUAGAUCCAGAAAAUACUAGUGGAUUAAAAUUAAAAAUAUAUUAAGCGUUAGGUUUAUUAAAUAUUUUUAAUGAUAAAAUUUUAAAAAAUU